UCAUCAUCAUUUUUAUCAUCAUCACCAUCAUCAUCAUUUCGACGAAAUAUUUCCAUCAAUAAAAGUAGAUUAUGGAAGAAUUACGUUGACGAUUCUUCAUCAUCAACAACAACAACAAAAUCAUUUAAAUUAUUAGUGGGGAAAAGAAAAAAUGUAAAUGAAAAAAAAUUGAAUCGAUCACCAUCAUCAUCAUCAUCAUUAUAUUUAUCAUCAUCAAAUUGUUCACAAUUUGAACAACGUCGUGUACAUUGGAAUCCAUUUCUAGUGCAAUUAUUACGAUCAUCAUCAUCGCCAUUAAAUAAUCUCAGCAUUCUUAUCAAGCAAAUGGCUAAAUUAUUCUAUUCACACGGCAAAUUUUGUGCCUCCCAUCCAUGGGAAGUGAUGGUUAUAUUUUUAUCAUUGGCUAUCUGUAUUGGAACGAUGGGUCCUUUUGUGAUGAUUGAACAACAACAACAUAACCAUAAUCACCAUAAUCAGCAGCAGCAGCAGCAGCAACAAUCGAUAUUAGAUAAAUCAAUGAGAUAUUAUGGUCCACAACAACAACAAUCAAGAUGUCAACAACAACAACAACAACAGGAAUCAACAACAUUAUUCCAUAGACAUUCUCAAAACCAACAACUGUAG